AUGUGCGUAACAUUUCUUUAUUUGAACGACCAGGUGAUUGGCGAUCCGAAACGCUAUCAGCUAAUCCUAUUGAAUAAUCGCGACGAGAAUUUUGAUCGACCAACAUCGUUAGCCGCAUGGCAAGAUGGCAUUCUUUGUGGUGAAUUCUUCCUCCCUGAUUUGACUGAAGGAAAAACGAGUGAGCGAGAGAGAGAAAGAGAGCAAAAAUUUGAAAUUCUUUAA